AUGGUGCUCGACCGCCCCGUCGGGCGCCCGGUCUUCCGCAAGCCCGAGCGCCGAACCCUAGCCCCGCCGCGUGGUACGGGCCCUCCGCCUCCCCCGCCGAUUCCGCCCACGCCGGGGGUGUACCUUCGGGGGCCUCCUCCGCUCCCGCCCCCCGGGGCCAUCCCACCGCGCCCGAUCGUCGUCUGCCUCGAUCUCGCCAGGAUGAAGCAAAUGGAUUCCUCCCGGAGCUCUUCUCUUAUGAAGUUCCUUGAGGAUACGGGGGUUUCGCCCUCGGAGGAGGAAACCCGGAGGAGGGAGAGGGUCAUACUCGAACUCCACAAGAUAGUUAUGGAUUGGGCGAAAAUGGUGGCGUUCAACCAGGGGGGGAAACCUUGGAUCACAUCAGGCACGGUGUUGACCUUUGGCUCCUAUGAUUUAGGGGCAUAUGGACCUGAAUCUGAUAUUGAUGCAGUCUGUGUUGGUCCUUGCAUUGCAUCACUACAACAUCAUUUCUUCGUUGUCCUGCGACAAAUGCUUGAAGCAAGGCCAGAAGUAUCAGACUUGCAUUCUAUUGAAAGUGCUAGGGUUCCGUUGAUGCGCUUUAAAUUCAACGGUGUGUCAGUUGAUUUUCCAUACGCCCAGCUGCCAGUUAUCAAUGCUGCAGAGGCUAUACAUGCAAAUGAUCCCCGUUUGCUAGAGAAAGUUGACGAGGCAAGCUGGAGAUGUCUAUCUGGAGUUCGUGUUAAUAGACAAAUCAUGCAAUUAGUUCCAAAUAUGAAGAAAUUUCAACUUUUGUUGCGCUGCCUUAAACUCUGGGCAAGAAAAAGAGGAAUUCAUUGCCAUCUAGUUGGCUUCUUUGCUGGAAUUCAUUUGGCGGUUCUCGGAGCAUAUGUUUGCCGCAGACACCCAAAUGCUACUGCCAAUACUUUGUUGUGUAGGUUCUUUGAGAUAUUUUCUCACUGGCCUUGGCCUCUUCCGGUGUCUUUGCAUGACCAAACACCUCUUUGGAGUCCUGAUGGGUGCUCUCUCAUGCCCAUAGUGAUGCCCUGUUAUCCACCAGAAUUUUGUGCCUCUAAUGUCACAAAAAGCACUUUCAACAAAAUCAAAGAAGAGCUUUGGCGGGGUUUAUCUUUGACCAAGGAUACAAGUAGUGUUGAUGUCGACUGGAAUUGGAUUUUUGCGCCGUUUCCAUAUGCUGCAAAAUAUAAGCACUUCCUUCGCAUAGUUCUCUCAGCUCCGACAACUGAAGAGUUACGUGAUUGGGUUGGAUGGGUGAAAUCACGAUUCCGCGGCCUUAUUCUCAAGCUGGAAAGCCUUAACAUUGGUUGUGACCCAAAUCCCUCAGAGCAAGUGGAUCAUACCAUUGGUGAGCCAAAUGCUGUAUUCUUGUGGGGUCUCAUCAUGUAUAGUAAUACUCAGAUCUGUACAACUUCUCUCAAAAAGGACUUCAUGAGAAGCGUCACUAACAACAUCUAUGGAAAGGAAAAGUGUGCUCAUUCGGACAUAGAAUUGUCUGUUGUCGGUAUGCCUCAGGUGCCUAAAAGCAUGUCUGAUCAUUCGGCCUACUUACAGAAACUGCCGAAUCUUCCACCGCGAAUGCUGGGCUACCCACCGAUGAGGCAGGGCUGCAAUGCAGUUGGUUAA